UUCUUUCCCUCGCUCCAAAACCAUCCAACCAACCUUCAUGUUCCUCCAAACUACACACACAUCUUAAACAAAACUCUUCUUCUUUAACUUCCAUUUCCUUUCAUCCCCUCAAUGGCGGCUUCAGUCCACCAGCGUCCGUACGCCGCUCUCCAGCACGGCGUCGUUCGGGCCUUCAAGCCAUCCCCGUCCCCGGACAUGCCGCGUCCCAAGAAGCUACCCCAACCGCCGCCACUCUCCGAUUCCUCGAGCGACGACGAAGACCACGCCGCCACCUUCAAGGACCUGAUUCGUAACGCGGAAGUGGAAGCCUCCGUUUUGGACCCGCGCGACGACGGAACCUCCGACCACUGGAUCGAACGGAACGCUUCCCUGUUCCGUUUAACGGGGAAGCACCCUUUCAACUCGGAGCCGCCCCUCCCCCGCCUCAUGCACCACGGCUUCAUCACCCCCGUCCCCCUCCACUACGUCCGCAACCACGGGCCCGUUCCCCGGGCCCGCUGGGAGGACUGGACCGUGGAGGUGACGGGCCUCGUCGCCCGGCCCACGCGCUUCACCAUGGACCAGCUGCUCCGCGACUUCCCCAGCCGCGAGUUCCCCGCCACGCUCGUGUGCGCUGGGAACCGCCGCAAGGAACAGAACAUGGUGAAACAGAGCAUCGGCUUCAACUGGGGCGCCGCCGCCGUCUCCACUUCGGUGUGGCGGGGCGUACCGUUGCGUGCCCUGCUCAAGCGCUGCGGGAUCUACUCCCGCACCAAGGGCGCGCUCCACGUGUGCUUCGAAGGCGCCGAGGAUUUGCCAGGUGGCGGUGGCUCCAAGUACGGGACCAGUAUCAUGAGGGAGGUUGCACUCGAUCCCUCCCGCGACAUCAUCCUCGCUUACAUGCAAAACGGGGAGCGUUUGACGCCCGAUCACGGUUUCCCCGUUAGGAUGAUUAUACCCGGUUUUAUUGGAGGCCGCAUGAUCAAGUGGUUGAAGCGCAUCAUUGUCACUACCCAACAAUCUCAAAGUUAUUACCAUUACCAGGACAACAGGGUUCUACCUUCUCACGUGGAUGCCGAACUUGCCAAUGCAGAAGCUUGGUGGUACAAGCCAGAGUAUAUUAUCAACGAGCUUAACAUAAACUCUGUCAUAACCACACCCUGCCACGAUGAGAUCUUGCCCAUCAACUCAUGGACUACUCAGAUACCUUAUUUGCUCAGAGGUUACGCGUAUUCUGGUGGUGGGAGAAAGGUAACACGUGUGGAAGUAACCCUGGACGGUGGUGAAACGUGGCAAGUGUGCACGCUGGACUGUCCGGAGAAACCCAACAAGUACGGAAAGUACUGGUGUUGGUGUUUCUGGUCCUUGGAGGUGGAGGUUUUGGACCUGCUUGGAGCCAAGGAGAUUGCGGUGCGCGCUUGGGACGAGGCCCUCAACACCCAGCCUGAGAAGCUCAUUUGGAAUGUUAUGGGCAUGAUGAACAACUGUUGGUUCAGAGUGAAAACGAAUGUGUGCAAGGCCCACAAGGGUGAGAUUGGAAUAGUGUUCGAGCACCCCACCCAAGCAGGCAACCAAUCUGGCGGCUGGAUGGCCAAAGAAAAACACUUGGAGAAAUCAUCGGAGUCAAACCCAAUCCUCAAGAAGAGUGUCUCCUCCCCAUUCAUGAACACAACCUCAAAAACCUAUUCCAUCUCCGAAGUCAGAAAGCACAACAGCCCCGACUCCGCUUGGAUCAUCGUCCACGGCUACGUCUACGACUGCACCCGCUUCCUCAAAGACCACCCCGGUGGCACCGACAGCAUCCUCAUCAACGCCGGCACCGACUGCACCGAGGAGUUCGAAGCCAUCCACUCCGACAAAGCCAAGAAAAUGCUCGAGGACUACCGGAUCGGCGAGCUCAUGACCACCGGUUACACCUCCGAUUCUUCAUCGCCAAACACCACCGUGCAUGACGCCACCCAUUUGGCCCCCAUCAAGGAAGUCACACCGCAACGCAGCGUGGCCCUCACCCCACGGGAGAAAACCCCAUGCAAGCUCCUCUCCAAAACAUCCCUCUCCCACGACGUUAGGCUCUUCCGCUUCUCGUUACCCUCAGAGGACCAACUCCUGGGCUUGCCCGUAGGGAAGCACUUAUUCCUAUGCGCCACCGUGGACGAGAAGCUAUGCAUGCGAGCCUACACGCCAACAAGCAGCGUGGAUGAAGUGGGGUACUUCGACCUCGUCGUCAAGGUUUACUUCAGAGGCGUGCACCCCAAGUUCCCCAACGGUGGCCUCAUGUCUCAGCAUUUGGACUCGCUUCCCAUUGGCUCCGUCUUGGACGUGAAAGGCCCACUGGGCCACAUAGAAUACACCGGCAGAGGAAACUUCCUGGUUCAUGGCAAACCAAGGUUUGCCACGAGGCUGGCCAUGUUGGCUGGUGGCACCGGGAUCACGCCCAUUUACCAAGUGGCUCAAGCCAUUCUGAAGGACCCAGAGGACCGCACCCAAAUGCAUGUGGUGUACGCGAACCGAACCCAGGAUGAUAUAUUGCUGAGGGAAGAGCUUGAUGAUUGGGCUCAGAAGCAUGACAGGUUCAAGGUGUGGUACGUCGUACAAGAAAGCUUAAGAGAAGGGUGGGAAUACAGUGUGGGGUUCAUCACGGAAAGUAUCCUGAGGGAGCAUGUUCCGCACGCAUCUCCUGAUACCUUGGCGUUGACCUGUGGACCACCACCCAUGAUUCAGUUCGCAGUGCAGCCCAACUUGGAGAAGUUGGGCUACGACAUCCAGAACAACUUGCUCGUGUUUUAGCCUUUUAGGGGACUCAACUACUAGGUUCUAUGUGUAUAUAUUCUAUUAUAUUAUAUAUAAAUAAUUCUAUUGGAGUAGCUUCUUCGUUUCGACAUUUUUUAUGUUUCAAUUUUUAAAUAAAUCAAAGUGUACAUGGACAGCUAGCUACCUACUGGCUACUAGGUUUACUUUUCCCCGUCUUUAAGUUUUGAUGUAGACAAGUAAGUCAAUUGUUUUGACUACUUUUUGCAUGUAUAAAAUAAAAUAAAAUGCAGUGUGCAA